GCGUCGGGGCGGAGGCGAGCGGGGCGGCUAGCGGCCGAGGCCGGGGCGGGAGAGCCGCAGGGCCGCAGGGCCGGGAAGCGAGGGUCGGGCCGGGCCGCCGUCUUGCGCCGCUCGGGCUCCCCCGGGGCGGGCGGGGGCCUCAGCAUGUCCUGUGGCAGUGACGGCCCCAGCAGCCAGUUCCCCUUGCACGCCCUGGUCUGGAACAAUGACUACCGGCAGCUGGAGAAGGAGCUGGACGGUCAGAAUGUGGAAGCCCUGGACCCCAGAGGCCGGACUCUGCUGCACCUCGCCGUGUCCUUGGGACACUUGGAGUCUGCGAGAGUGUUGCUCCGACAUAAAGCGGAUGUCACGAAGGAGAAUCGCCAGGGAUGGACAGUUUUACACGAGGCGGUGAGCACCGGAGACCCAGAGAUGGUGUACACCAUUCUUCAGCAUCGGGACUAUCACAACACCUCCAUGGCCCUGGAGGGCGUUCCUGAACUGCUCCAGAAGAUCCUCGAGGCACCUGAUUUUUAUGUGCAGAUGAAAUGGGAGUUCACUAGCUGGGUGCCAUUGGUUUCUAGGAUAUGUCCCAACGACGUCUGUCGCAUCUGGAAAAGCGGGGCCAAACUACGUGUUGAUAUCACGUUAUUGGGCUUUGAAAACAUGAGCUGGAUAAGAGGAAGACGUAGCUUUAUUUUUAAGGGGGAGGAUAGCUGGGCCGAGCUGAUGGAGGUCAACCACGAUGACAAAGUUGUCACAACCGAGCACUUUGAUCUUUCCCAAGAGAUGGAGCGCCUGACCUUGGACUCCAUGAAACCCAAAGGGAGGGAGGUGGAGCGGCGUCUCACCUCCCCGGUCAUCAACACCAGCCUGGAGACCAAGAACAUCGCUUUUGAGAGAACUAAAUCCGGAUUCUGGGGCUGGAGGACAGAUAAAGCAGAAGUUGUUAAUGGUUACGAAGCAAAGGUAUACACAGUAAACAAUGUAAGUGUGAUAACCAAAAUACGAACAGAACAUUUGACAGAGGAAGAAAAAAAGAGAUAUAAAGCUGACAGGAAUCCCCUGGAGUCCUUGCUGGGGACCGUGGAGCACCAGUUUGGCGCUCAGGGGGACCUCACCACGGAGUGCGCCACGGCCAACAACCCCACGGCCAUCACACCAGAGGAGUAUUUCAAUGAAGAAUUUGACUUGAAGGACCGGGACAUAGGGCGGCCCAAGGAGCUGACGAUCAGAACCCAGAAGUUUAAAGCCAUGCUCUGGAUGUGUGAAGAGUUCCCCUUGUCUCUGGUGGAACAGGUCAUUCCUAUUAUUGACCUCAUGGCCAGAACCAGUGCCCAUUUUGCUAGACUGAGAGAUUUUAUCACUCUUGAGUUCCCACCAGGAUUUCCUGUCAAAAUUGAAAUUCCACUGUUUCACGUCUUGAAUGCCCGGAUCACCUUUGGAAAUGUCAACGGCUGCAGCACGGCUGAAGAGCCUGUCGCCAGCAUGGACGGGGGACACACUGACCCAGCAUCACUGCUCUCCCACUUUGAGGUCGAUCAGUCUGUGUUCGAGGUCCCCGAAUCUUAUCAUGUGCAAGACAACGGCAGGAACAUGCACUUGCAGGAUGAAGACUAUGAGAUCAUGCAGUUCGCCAUUCAGCAGAGCUUGCUGGAGUCCAGCCGGAGUCAGGAUGUCUCGGGGCUGCCUUCAAAUGGGGGACUCACUGGUCCACAAGUCUAUGACUCGCAGUAUGAAAGGGCUAUUCAGGAGAGUCUGCUCACUAGCUCCAACGGUCUCCGGCCCGGCGCUCUGGAGGAGGCCCGGAACUUUGACACAGACCUGCAGCUGGCCAUGGAACUGUCUGCUAAGGAGCUGGAGGAGCAGGAGCUGCGGCUCCAGGAGGAGGAGGCCCAGCUGCAGGAGGUCUUACGGCUGUCUCUCACUGAGAAGUAGGGCCCGUGUUCCGUGGCCUGCGCCUGGGCCCGACUCCCUGGGAAGCCGGCCUCCUCCUCGCCGGUGGGCCCUUUGGGUGGUCCGAGGGGGUAGCGGGGCAGAGCCGCCUCCUGUCCGGGCCGUGCAGCCCGAGCCCCCGGGGCUGGUGCUGACUCGCGGUUCACCUCCGCCAAGACUGAACCUAAUCCAAAACUCCACCAGGUUUGUGGGCUCCUAUUUAUCCAGUAACGAUGGAACAUCCUCCUGCGGUCGAGGUGCUUUUGUGUGUGUGCUGGUACUCUAGUGCCCACGCACCUCUGCAUGAGAGCAGAGCGUCCUUGAGGAGGGGUUCCACUUCUCCUGGCUCACCAAAGAAAUGGGGCCGGGUGGGUCUUCCAGACACCUGGAAGCAGGAUCUCCGCGUCCCGCGGACACUUGCUGUGGCCAGCCUUGGGACUGAUGAAUGUUCGAAGAGAAUACACAGCAUCUCUGAGCCCCGGUCGAGCCCCCGCCUCAGGCUCGGGUCCUUGUCCAACCCCCAGGGCGGCUCUCCCUGCCCACACUCUGCCCUGGCCCAGCUGAGCCUGGAAGGGCACUUCCUAUCAUCCUCCAGCCCCAUAGGCCCCAUUUGGUCAGCGUCUCUAUCCCCGAACUCUCUUCCCCCAAGGGCAGCCCUAGGAAGCUUCAGCUUUGUCAGUUGUGGAUUGAGGAUUGGGGCAGCUUGAAACCAAAAUAAGUAAGCUUCCAUGGAAGGUGCUGGGUCUAAGAGCGGGAAACACACACCAAAGUACAUCCCGGAGAAGUCCCAGCUGGGACGCUUUCUUGAGGGAAAAGAAUGAAAUUAUCAUUAGAAGGUCAGCUCAUUGUUGACUGAUGGCUCUCGAGCAGCCCAAAGGGAAAGUUCUAAUUGCUUUUUACAGUUCAAAUCAACACCUUUCUGGAUAUAUAUUUUUUUAACAGACACUUUUUAUUACUUUUGAAAAAAAAAUAAAGAAAAAUCUACUCCCUCCAGUAGCAAUAUAAGUAUAUAUUUUAACCAGAUUUCUCAGGCCUUUUUUAAUACCUUUAGCUAUUUAACUAUUUUGUCUAACCCUUCUGUAAAUACCCACCUUCCCUCAAGAGCACCGUUGAACAUAAACAGCUACACUCCACACCGGAGGCCACCUUUUUGUUCCCGUAGGGAUUCCUUCCUGCACUGAGACAACUUGAUGGGCCAUCUUGGCCAUUUCGACCCUUGGGUGGAAUGGCAGCUGCCAUUCUGGGGGAGGAGCCUGGGAGAUGGAGGGGAGGUGGCUGUUCGGGACCGUUUCAGGAUCGUCCCAUUAAGGUUGCUGGUAAAAUGUUUCUAGUCACAUAGGACAAUGUUUUUUAAUGCCUUAUAAUCACUUCUCUUUUAUGUAACUGUCAAAUUAAAAUUCCUUCUAUGCACAGCCAG